AUGGAGCAACCCAAGGGUUUACGAGGUGUUUCUGCCAGGCUUAGCAACGAAGAAGAACUAAAAGUGUUCAAUGCAAUUAUCUCAUCUAUUCUCGAGGCUCUUCUCUUCUAUAAGGAGAAAGUGCUCGGAAGUAUUAUGGAUUCUCCAAAGGCGAAGAAGGAAGAAGAAGGAAUUAGUGCUGUUCAAGCAGCUUUAAGUGCAUUAGAAGCUCUAAGAAAAGCUGUUUCUGAGAAUCCCAUUACUACCUCCAGCGAUCAAGACAUUAAGCUUGAAGAAUUUCUUCUAUGUAUUAACGGAUUGGUGAAGGAGUUCCAAGAUCUUUAUAAGGCAUUUAUUGAGGCACUUAAACGUCUUCUUCCACAUAUAGAUGAAAGUACAAAGAUUGAUGUAACUUCGCAUCAUCCAGAAAUGAUAUCUUUGAAAGAUGUUGUCUUCCUCCCUUUAGGGAAAGGAGAAUGUUCUGUUUCUCAUACUAAUGUUCUCCAUCAGUUUUCUGAAAAUAUGUGUCAGUUAGGUGCUAAUGCUCUAGAGAAUAGCUUCAAGCCUAUUUUUGAUAGCACCUCUUCCAUCCUGGAAAAAGGUAAAGAAGCAAUCGAGAGUAAGGAUAUUUCUGAGGAGCAAAGGAAAGGGUUGGUAGAUGCCUGCAAUGCCCUUGCCGAAUGCCUUAGAAGGCUUCUGGAAUUGCACAAAGAUUCCAUUAAUAGUUUAGGGAGUGGAGAAGCCUUUGAGACAUUAUUUGGUGAACUAAAAGAGAGACUCGAAGAAAUGGUUACGGAAGCAGAGAAUCUACAAGCUAAGAUUAGAGGCCCACAGCCCAUCGAUGAUGGCGCUCCCAAGGAUGCUACACCCGAGGUUCCAAAGAAGGAUCCAAGUAAAGCGGAGGGUGAAGACAAGGAGCCUCCUGAAGAGGCGCCCUUCCCCGUCAGGAGGGCAGUGGCCAGCCUGGACACCGGACGCCCGUUCGGAAACCUGUGCGUUGUGUUCGUCCUCAUCCUGGCCGUCCAGGGCCUCCUGCGGGUCUCCGGGAUGGAGCACAGCACACUGGGUGUGUCCUGGAACACCGCGCUCUACUCGCUCGCCGUUGCAGGCGCCGUCACGUACCAGCUGUGGGUGCUCGCCGAGGGCUGCCGCAGGGGCGGGGCCGGCAGCAUGGCGAGGCAGGGGUGGAGUGCCGUUGCGUGCAUGGCGCCGAUGCUUGUGGCGGUUCCCCAUGCGGGGGUGAUCAGGAGCAGCAUGUACAGCGUGGCGGUGGCAGGGCUUGCGGCUGUCACGCUGUAUGUGCAGGAUGCAGCAAGGCGCGGGAUGCCGUGGCGGGAGGCGUGUGCGGUUGGCGCAGGGAAUGCGGUGCUGGCUGCGGCAUGUGCUGCGGGGUCUGUGGCACCUGCGGACGGCGUGUGCGGGCGGCCCUUCUGGGUGUGGAUGGGGGUUGUUGUGUUUGUCGGCCUGCUGCUUGCUGUGUCGUAUGCUGAGAGGGGGGGAAGAGGGCAGAAGGCGGAGGAGUGUGGGGAUGUGGUUGCGAGUGUGCUGCUUGUGACGACUGUUGUGGUUGGGACGAUUGGGUCGCUUGUGUGUGGGCGUGCCUACCACGAGAUGUAUGUGGGAGGAGGGGUGGAAGUACCUGCUGAGUGA